GUAGGCGCCGGCGGCGGAGGGAGCCGCCAGACCCGGAAGGAGGGAGGUGCGAGCAGCGGAGGCGGCCCCCACGGACCGAGCUGCGAGCCUUCGCCACCUACGGCUAUGUGGUCCGAGGAGUGGGAGCUCUAUCCAUCUUACAUUGGCGCUCAAGUCAUAGAAUAUGGAACAGUUACUGAAGAGACCAGUGAUGAUCGGAGUGGAGACUCCAUGGUGUCGCUGGAUGCCGUUCUUCCUGACGAUCUCUUGGAGAAGGUUAUUUCAUUCCUGCCUGUUGCGAGUGUCAUAAGAUGCGGGUCAGUUUGCAAGAGGUGGUAUGAGAUUGUGCACGCUCGGAGCCGGACAUGGAGUAAAAUGGUUGCCCAAAAGCCAUGGUACUUCAUGUUUACUUGCAGCGAGGAGGCGGUGUCGGGGUUCGCCUAUGACCCGAGCCUCCGUAAAUGGUAUGGCUUCGACUUCCCUUGCAUUGAGAAGAGCAACUGGUCAACCUCCUCGUCAGCUGGGUUGGUUUGCCUGAUGGACAGUGAGAACAGGAGCCGCAUCAUUGUGUGCAACCCAAUAACCAAGGACUGGAAGAGGCUUGUUGAUGCUCCCGGCGGCAAGUCAGCUGAUUACAGUGCUCUCGCCUUGUCUGUGAGCAGGACAUCUCAUCAGUACAUCGUGGCUAUUGCAAGAAGCAAUCAAGUGCCGACAGAGUAUUACCAGUGGGAGUUUAGCAUCCAAUUGUACGAGUCAGAGACUGGUAAGUGGGCGGCUGCCUUCACUGAAGUGUUGCUUGGAUGGCGAGGGGGUGAUGAGUGUGUCAUUUGUGAUGGAGUUCUCUACUAUUUGGUGUACUCCACAGGAGUUUUGGUGAACAGUAACGAGCAUCGCCAUUGUGUUUUCAUGUAUGAUCUAUCUACUAGAUCUGUUCACACUUCUUUGAUGAGCAUGGCUAUACCAGUGCCGUGCCCACUUACAUGCGGCCGGCUGAUGAACCUAAGGGAGAGGCUUGUUUUGGUUGGGGGCAUUGGGAAGCAAGAUAGGCCUGGUAUCAUCAAGGGAAUUGGUGUAUGGGAGCUCCGGAACAAGCAAUGGCAUGAGGUUGCUCGAAUGCCGCACAAGUAUUUCCAGGGAUUUGGCGAGUUUGAUGAUGUUUUUGCGAGCUGCGGAGCUGAUGAUCUCAUCUAUAUACAAAGCUAUGGGUCACCAUCUCUUCUCACCUUUGAAAUAAACCAGAAGCUGUGGAGGUGGUCUGCAAAGAGUCCUGUUAUGAAGAGGUUCCCGCUGCAGCUGUUUACUGGUUUCUCGUUCGAGCCAAGCCUGGACAUUGCUUCCUAGUUUUCAUUUUGUUUGAGGUCAGUGGAGAUCUUCCCACUAUAUUUUUGCCCAGUUUCCGAGUUACAAGUGAGGAGAUCAUGAAGGCAUUUGAGCAGCACAGAAAGUUUUCAAUUCUUAUAAUCUAUUGUAUUUAUUGUUGGGGUAUAUCUUCUAUGAAAGUGGUGGGUUAACAUUUCGAAUCUUUUUUGAUAUACUACUUUGAUGGUUGGAUUGAUAUUAGUA